CGGGAGGACCGGGGGGGUGUCUGGCGGCCUCCCCCAUGGCGGUGGUGGGCGACGGGGGCAGCGGGGGGCGCCUGAACCCGGUGGAGACGCUGCAGGAGGAAGCGAUCUGCGCCAUCUGCUUGGACUACUUCGUGGAGCCCGUGUCCAUCGGCUGCGGGCACAACUUCUGCCGCGUGUGCAUCUCGCAGCUGUGGGGCGGCGAGGCGGAGUACGAGGCGGCCCCCGGGGCGGCGGCGGCGGGCGGCGGAGGGGCCGUGGGGAUGAGCGACGUGCUGGAGGAAGAGCUGGAGGAUGAGGAGGACGAGCUGGACGACGACGAGCUGGAGGUGGAGCAGGAGGAGGAGGAGGAGGAGGAGGAGGACGGCGGCGGCGGCGCCGAGGAGGAGGAGGAGGACAUGUGGAGCGAGGAGGAAGACGACGCCGAGCUGUGGGAAGAGCCCGUGGAGGAGGACAUUUGGGACGGCGGGGUCGGGGGAGAGCUUUAUUUUGGGGACGAGGACUAUGACGAGGACGUGAUGGAGGAAGACGUCGAGGAAGAGGAGGAAGUGGAGGAGGAGGAAGAAGAGGUGCAGACCCCUCCGCCCCCGGUUCUGGCCGCCCGGCCUCGGCGCCUGCAGACCUUUACCUGCCCCCAGUGCCGCAAAACCUUUUUCCAGAGGAAUUUUCGGCCCAACCUCCAGCUGGCCAACAUGGUGCAAAUCAUCCGCCAGCUGCACCCCCACCCCCAGCGCCUCGCGCCGCCCGCCGCCGGCCCCUCGGCUUCGGGGGCUGCGGCUGGAGGGCCGGGGGUCCUGGUGGCCGUGGGGGGCCAGGGGCCUCCGAACCUGUGCGAGAAGCACCAGGAACCCCUGAAACUCUUCUGCGAGGUGGACGAGCAGGCCAUCUGCGUGGUGUGCAGGGAGUCGCGGAGCCACAAGCAUCACAGCGUCGUCCCCCUCGAGGAGGUCGUGCAGGAUUAUAAGAACAAACUCCAGAGCCACCUGGAGCCCCUGAAGAAGAAGCUGGACGCGGUCCUGAAGCAGAAAUCAAACGAGGAGGAGAAGAUCACGGAGCUGAGGGACAAGAUGAAGCUGGAGAUCAAGGAAUUCGAGUCGGACUUCGAGCUGCUGCACCAGUUCCUCAUCGGAGAGCAGGUCCUGCUCCUGCACCAGCUGGAGGAGCGCUACGAGAGCUUGCUGGUCCGCCAGAGCAGCAACAUCAGCCAGCUGGAGGAGCAGAGCGCUGCCCUCAGCCGCCUCAUCGCCGAGGCGGAGGACAAGAGCAAACAGGACGGGCUGCAACUGCUCAAGGACAUCAAAGGCACUUUCAUCAGAUGCGAGAACAUCAAAUUCCAGGAGCCCGAGAUGGUGCCGGUGGACGUGGGGAAGAAAUACCGCAACUACUUCCUGCAGGACGUGGUGAUGAGGAAGAUGGAGAAAGUCUUCAGCAAAGUCCCUCAAGCCGACAUCACCCUGGACCCCGACACUGCCCACCCUCGCCUCAGCCUUUCCCUGGACCGCCGCAGCGUCAAGCUGGGCGAGCGAUGCAAGGACCUGCCGGACAACCCCAAGCGUUUCGAUUCCGAUUACUGCGUCCUGGGCUCCCAGGGUUUCACCGCCGGCCGCCACUACUGGGAGGUCGAAGUCGGGGGCCGGCGAGGCUGGGCGGUGGGGGCGGCCCGCGAAACGGCCCGCCGCAAAGAGAAAACCGUGGGGCCCCACCAGAAACGGGAGAUCUGGUGCGUGGGCACCAACGGGAAGAAAUACCAAGCGCUGACGGCCACGGAGCAGACGGCCCUGUCGCCCAGCGAGCGGCCCCGGCGCUUCGGCGUCUACCUGGACUACGAACGGGGCCAGCUCUGCUUCUACAACGCCGAGAGCAUGACCCACAUCCACACCUUCAACGCCUCCUUCCACGAGCGCAUCUUCCCUUUCUUCCGCAUCCUGGCCAAGGGCACCCGCAUCAAAAUCUGCGCCUGACGGCCUCCCCUCGCCCUGGGAUCCGGCCUUGCACACACGGCCACGCUCCCCUCCCUUCCCCCUGUCCUUCGGGUCCCUCGUCGGGCUCCGACGCUGCACUUGUUGUCUUGCACCUGCUUGCUCGCAAGGCCUCUUUUUUUUUUUUUCCCCCCCUUUCUGCCCUCCUCGUCCUCGUGCCAGCUCUUUUUUCACCGCCUCGCUGCCUUCCCAGCCGGCCGGGCUGAUCCAAAGCUGCUUUCCUUCGGACUCGGGAACGAGUCGCCUCGCUGGGGAGGCCAGGCCGCCGCUUUCACUUCGUCCUUUGUCACCUGAAGCCUUUCCCUGUCGCCGCGUCGAGCUUUCCAGCGUGCUCUCUUCCACUUUUUCGAAGCCCGCCGUCUGGUUUUGGCCUCUUCGGGUGUGGAGCCCGUGCCCUCGGGGUCUGUGCGUUGAGGAGCGCCGGCUCUUGGCCUCUCGAGCUCCCGCCGGGGUUGAAAUCAUCCUCCAAAAGUCCUCGGCUUUUCCCACAGCUGUGCCGAGGUGGCGGGGAGCCUGGAUUUCUUGGGGCUUCACCUCCUGAACAUCUCCAUCCCCAGCUGGCGUUUGGACCUGGGGCCGAACCCGCUUUACCCUGCGCUGUUCCCCUGUUCUGGCACUCGCUCGCCUCCCCCCUGCUCUUCUCCCCCCUUUGCUGGGUCAGGGGGGAGUCACCAGAUCUCCUCCCCCCCUUUCCCAUCCCCUUCCCAACCAUUUCUUGGAGGCCUGGCACUUUAUUCAGGGCCGCCUGGGCCAGGGAGGGUGCAAAAAAA